AAGUUUAUAUGGUAGUCAACGCCUUUUUUGCUUUGCACCAUUACCUCGAAGCUACUUCCGAUCCAUGAUGCACUUCUCGACGAUCUCCUCCACAGCACUUGUCACUUUUCUUUCCAUCACUUCAUCAUCUGCACAGCAGCAUUUUCAAAUCUUUCCAUUCCAAGCUGAAGAUAUCAGUGCCCCUGCGGAAUCGCACUCUUUGAAGUUCAAUAUUUCUCGUCCAGGCGCCGUGCCUCAGCAGGGCGGCGAUGGAACUCAUACUUGCGAGAUAGCAUGGAACGGCUGUGAUGCUCCAAUUUGCUACCAACUUUGCACGUCUGUCUUCGAGUUGGGCUACCACAAUUCAGAUUACUGGGCUCGUGUUACGCCGGGAAGUGAGAAGAAGAAGGCGGGGGACCUUUCGAUCGACAUUCUUGAAUACUACUCUUACCGCAACAGCGUGGUACAGAAUGCAACAUUCACGAUCAAAGAUGGCGAAACGCCAGACUAUGCUUGCGAACAAGGAGAUAGCCGAAAGUCGUGUGCGCUGAACAGUGAAGAGAACCCUGUGCAGACCGAGGUGGAGGUACUGGGCUACGGAAUCUAUCCUGUGAGCAGUGUUGUGGAAGUUUGUGGUGAGUCGUAGACAAGAUUUCGCACAACUGGCUUUAGACCUCAGCUACAUGCCAAGUCGCAUCGAGUACCUCAAAGGCUCUUUUGCACUAUAUUAGAUAUAUAAGUAUUGCAGUACAUUGGUAUCACCAAGUCGUGGUCGUAAUUCGUAAAGCUCAUCCAAUAUCGACUCGUCUUCAAU